AUGACGGAAACGGAGAAGCAACCAUAUAGAAUCCCAUUAGAUGAUUUGGAAUUAGAGAAACAAAGAUUUAUUGCAAAAGAUGAUAUUAAACCUUGGUUACAAGAUAAAUUAUUAAAUAAUAAAGGGAUUCAUGUAGUAAUUGAAAGAUCUGAUACCUCAAAGAUCAUUUUCAAAUGUAAAAAUAAAGAAAAAAAGACAAAGAUUAUAGAAUCCAAAAACAAGAAAUCAAAAAUACCUAUAAGACGUCAUACAAGUUGUCCUUUCAAAAUACGAGCAAAUUUUAGUUUAAGGAAUAAGAUAUGGUCACUACUGGUAAUAAAUGAUUAUCAUGAUCAUAUAGUUGAUCCACCACCAGGUCAAACAGAAUCAUUAGUUAUACCUCAACCACAAUCACAAUCACAGGUCACUUCAAAUUACCGUCAACAACCACAACCAUUACCAGCUGGUCCUGGAAUGAAUUUGAGCAUAAGUAAUAUGAACAAAAAAACUAAAAUGGAUGCAAAUAAUUUAAGAAGUUCAAAAAAUAAUAAUAAUGAUAGUAAUAGUAAUAAUAGUAAUAAUAGUAAUGGGACUACAGAUCAAAGUUCUGCAACUUCAACCUAUUCUGAUAAAAAUUCAGAUGAAUACAAAGAUAGUCCUCCUACUUCAUUAAAUUCAAUAGGAGAAGAUUUAGCAAUGUCAAUGGACGAUAAUAGUUCCAGUUCAACAGGUAAAACUCCAUCCAAGAGGAAAAAUCAACAACAACAGCAACCAAAGAAGACCAAAAAAUCAAAGAAGAACCAACAAAUUAAGGAGAUGAAUAAUUAUGAUCAAACUAGUUUACCAAAUGAUGGAAAUUCACAGAAUCAACAAACUUAUCCUCAAAUUCAAGAACUAGUACAACUGCAACAAGAAUAUUCAGUGCCGCAACAGCAACCACUACAAUAUCAAUAUCCUCAACCACAACAACCACAGCAACAACAAUUACAACAUCCUCAACCACAACCAAGAUCAACUCAAACUCAAUCAUCAUUUGCAUUACAAACUUUACAAAAUGAAGUAAGAGAUAAAGUGAGAUUAUUAAUUUUAGAAAAUAAAAAUAUAGCAGAUAAUCAGAAAACUUCAUUAAUUGAUUCAUUUGUAUCACAAUUAUUAUUAGAUUAUAGAAAUUUUUUUAGUUCACAAUUCAUGCAUUCAUUAAAACAAAAUUUAUAUGGCCAACAACAACAACAACAACAACAACAAAAAGUUGAGAAUGGAUUUAUGGAUGUGCCAAGUCAACAGCAACCACAGCAACAGCAACAGCAACAGCAAGUACCUGUAUUCCCUCAGCAAUAUAAAAAGAAUCCAAUAAAUAAUUGGUUUGCAGGAUCAUCAGCUACACCAGUUAAUGGUAACACUGCAUCAAUUCCUUUAUCUCCUUUAUUGAAUGGUAACGGGGCAGAAGGAGAUGAUUAUACAACUUCUGGUGCUGUAGAUGCUGCAACAUCAAACAGUAUAACUGCAAAUCCAUUAGAUAAUUUACAAAAUACCUCACAAUUAAAUGGGAAUGCAUCAAUAGGACCAAUAAAUUAUAAUCAACAACAACAACAACAACAGCAACAACAACAUCAAUCAAAUCAAUUACCUCCAUUUAACUCAAUACAAAAUAAUUUACCACAAGUCAACCAAUCUGAUAUUUUAGCAAAUGAUUCAAGAAACAACUAUUCUAAUAGUCACAACAACAAUAAUCAAUCAACAUUAUCUUCAAUCUUUUCAACAGGAUCAAACGGAUCAAAUGGUUCACAAACAAACACAGCAACAACAGGUACAACUAAUACAAAUAAUGGCAACACUAACAACAAAACUGAUUCAAUAAUGCCAUUACUAAAUUCAACGGCAUCAACCUUAAACCCAUCCCACAUCCUCAAGAAUGGGAGUCAAUACAAUAACACCAACACCAACAAAACAAACCCAUCAUCAAUUGUAAAUAACCCUUACAUAUUCAAUAACUUGAGCAAUUUAAAUAACUUAAGCAAUUCAUUUUUAUUCAACGGAGGUUCACAAUCAUCAAUAAUGCAUUCCAAUAACAAUCAAAAUUCAUUAACUCCACCAGUUGGUGGCUUAAUUAAUCUAAACAACCAUCAUUCUAAUCAAGUCCACCCUUUAAAUCAACAAUCAAAUCAAUAUAGUAAUGAUUUUAAAUAUUUUGAGUAA